CGCAAAGUUAAAGCCACACAUUUUUUAUUUCUUUCUCAUCCUUUUGUUCUCUCUAGAGUCUAGCCUUUCACUCAGCUCAUCCUUCCUCACAGAUCGAAGUAAUCAUAGAGAGAUAUGGAGCUCGAUUCCAUCACCGCUAAGCGCAGACUCGCUACCGUCGCUGCUCACUUCCCCAACGAUCCUGUCUCCACCGCAUCUCUUGUCCCCUUGAACUGUAGUAGCAGUUUGAACUCUGUCAUCAGAAGAUGUGACAGCAAACUCCCUUUUGCUCGGCAAGCAUCUUCUGAACAAGGCUUCUUUAUGAGGCAGGCUUCCACCGACGAGACUACAUACACAUAUGCUUGUUUUCUUUUGGCAGGGGCUGUUUGGUCUCCGAGAUCAAAUGUUGCAGAAUAUGAACAUAACUAUGUUGUGGCAAUUGAGCUACCUGGGGCCAGUAUCAAUGAUAUAAGAGUGGAGGUCGACAACUUAAACUUGAUUGUGACAGGGAGACGCACAUCUGUCGGUCAAAAAGUUGAUGCAGGCACCAAAGGUUCAAUCUGUGGGUAUCACAAGCAAGGAAUAGUGCAAGGACCAUUCAAAGUUUCCUGGCCUCUUCCCAUUAAUGUGAACAAGGAUAACGUUUCUGCUGAAUUUAUGGAUGGUCUUCUGAGAAUAGUGAUUCCAAAGCUUUGAAGAUUCAUCGUUCUGGAACCAUAGUAAACAAUGUGUAUAAUAUAUGCUGUUUGUGUGGAAGAAGGGAAAGAAAAAAGCAAUAAUUGAUGAGAGAUAUGUAAAAUAGUUUGGUUAUUUAUUUAUCAAAGAAAGUCCGUAUGCUUAUCACAUCCA